GUUCGGAUGAGUGUGGGAUCAAUCGUGUGCUGCGAAGAGACCACACUAUUGGGUGACAUAACUAUCGGCGCGAAGACUGUGAUCCACCCGACGGCACACAUCGACGGCUCCAGAGGUCCGGUGAUUAUCGGCGACUCGAAUCUCAUCGAAGAGAGGGUUACGAUCGUCAACACAGACACCCGACCGAUGCUUAUCGGCGCGCAUAACGUGUUUGAAGUCGGUUCCCAUUGCGAGUCGCCCGCCAUCGGCGACCACAACGUCUUGGAGUCCAAGUGUCGAGUCGGGCCGCGAACACGACUGUCCGACGGCUGCGUAAUCGGCGCCAUGUGUUGCGUCGAGUCCGACGAAGUGUUGCCCGAAAAUACGGUCGUCUUCGGCACCGAUUGUCGUCGACGGACACAACACGAGAAGCCGGCGCCGCAGACCUAUCAGCUCGACUUCUUGAGCAAAAUUCUGCCUAAUUAUCAACGCAUCGAAAAACCAAACUUUAAGCCAAACAGUCCGACCACUGCCAGCGCUUCGUCGCCCGGAGUCUCAAGCCGGCGCCGCAGACCUAUCAGCUCGACUUCUUGA